AUGGCAUGCCGCUCUCGUUUCGCUUACUUCAUUUCAUUCCUGGUGCUGCUGCACCUCGCUACAGCUGCUAAACUAUAUCGCAUGGACUUUCGCCCGCCUUCUGAGAUCAGAUACGAUGGAGGCAUUCUCAGCCGGAACACUGGUGGGACUGGCUCUGUUAUUGAACAUGUAGAGGCACGUUUGGGGGAAAUGGAUCCAUGGGUCUCAACUACCAACGAUUUAAGUGUGCUUAAAGAUGCUGCUAGGUCACCUGGUUACGUCUAUAUUUACUAUAUCGACCCAGCAGGCCUCACGAUUAGGGAUGUGGCGAAAGAGUACAAGAAGGCGAAGUUAGAAAACCCAAAGCCUGCGGAGAAGGAAUUCUCAGUUCAUAGGUCUAUCCCUUGGGCAAAUGUCGCCAAAUGGGAUGUAUACCUAAGGGGCAAAAAGGUCGAAACUGUGACUAGGGAACAGUUUGAGCAACGUCUGAUGCAAGAAAAAAGUCCUACUCCUCCCCCUUCGCCGCCGCCAGGGAAGACCUUUAAUUCACGCCCCUCAUCAUUAAAGAAGAAACCCCAACCCUCCGCCAAGAAGCCAGAGAAGAAGCCUCAGACCCCCGCCAAGAAGCCAGAAAAGAAGCCUCAGACCCCCGCCAAGAAGCUAGAGAAGAAGCCUCAGCCCCCCGCUAAGAAGCCAGAGAAGAAGCCUCAGCCCUCCGCCAAGAAGCCAGGGAAGAAACCUCAGCCUUCCCUUAAAAGGUUAAAGAUGCGCAAUACCUUAUCAACAAGGCAAAAGAAGCGUUCCCUAGAACGCUUAACGCUAAUUUACACCAAUGGUCUUGGGAGACGGUGA